AUGUCCCCAUGCAUCAUCCUCGACUGCCUCCUGCCAAACAGCAUCAUUGUGCCUCUCACCUGCCAUAAGGAGAUCACCCUUAGCAAGCUCAAGGUUGAGAUUUGGCAGGAGGCCAAAAAGUACCCCUUGUACCGCGUGCUGGGUCAGCCUGAGGAGUACGUACUAGUGGGUGUAACUCAGGAUGCAGAGCAGGAGGAGUUUUGGGAUGAGACCAAGCGGCUUUGUGACCUGCGCCUCUUCUCUCCAAUCCUCAAGGUAGUGGAGCCUCGUGGAAGUAAGGAGGAGAAGGUCCUCAACUAUGAGAUCAGCUUGGCCAUUGGGCGUUCUGUUCAUGAUCUUGAUGAUGCUAAACAGCUGCAGUUGCAGGAGUUUAGGAGGAAUAUCAUAGAGGUGGUGAGUGAAGCGGUGAAGGUGAGGCAGCUGUGUGGCCUUGAGUCAUUAGCAUGUUACCAACACCCACCUGAGCUGGAACCCACACCACACCUACCUAGGUCCAUUGAGAAACACUUAGAUGAAGGCUACCUGACAGUGACAGUGUGGAGAGGGACAUCAGAGUCUACAAGUGUGCGUAUUACAUGGGACACCUACCCUGAUGGCAUCAUAGCUGAGGCACUCACACGUCUGGCCCCGGCACCAGACAUGCUGGGCUCCCUUACUACUUCACAGCAGUCCUCAAGACAUGCGCUCAAGAUUUGUGGCACAAAUGAGUACCUCCUGGCUGGUCGUCCUAUCACCCAAUAUAAGACUGUCCGUGUGUGGCUGUCUCGAGGCAAGACGCCACAGUUGUCCAUGGUGUCCCGUGGAGAGCUGUAUGCUUCACUUACCAAGUUUGACUUUGUCUUGCCUACUUAUGUGAGGACCCCUGGAAACAUGCCCAACACUGCACCUGCAUCACCCUUGUCCCUCUGGCAUCCCAGUAUGGAUGGGAGGCUGAAGGUGCACAUCCUCUGGGCAUCUUACGUCAAUGUCAAGGAGGCACACAAGAUAUAUGUACGUUCGGGCAUCUUCCAUGGGGAUGAGCAGUUGUGCACAGUGCGGGAGACACAACACGUGCCUGGCAGCAGCCCCAACUGGGAGGAGUGGCUGCAGUUUGAGCUUCCCAUCCAGGAGAUCCCAAGAGGAGCACGUCUUUGUCUCUCUAUCUGCUCCAAACGGAAGCAGACUGACAAGAAGAAAAAGAAGGAGAAAUUG